AUGCUCCUUAUGAUCAAGGGUCUCGACAUUCUCAAGAUUCCAGCCCAACAAUUGGAAUUGCCGCGGAUCUAUAUACACCUCUUCAUAACGCGGGGAGAACCCUAUUUCAGUCACCCUCCUCGACCGUCGUCCCCGCUUACUUCCCAAACAAAAGAAUCGCCAAUAAGCGCUUUCACGAAACCCAAAAAAAUGUACCACCUUACCCUCCUCGCUCUCAGCGCUCUGAGCGCCAUUGCAUCUUCCGCCCCUGUCGAAGUCCUCGGCUCCAAACACGUCAACUACCUCGCAACCUGUUACCCCGACGAUUGCCCCAUCGGCCUCUGCUACAUCGGCGACUUCAAAAUCCUAGCAGCCGGCUACUUUGCCAACGGGCCUCCAAAGUCCGCAACAGCGUCCCCCACUAGCACCGGAACACUCUCUACUUUCCUCGGCAACACGGCGUGGGAGGGCGAUACGAAGAGUGUGCGCGUCGGCACUGUUGGCACCUUGUCCACGAACAUCCAAAAGGGCGCGAAUUCAUUGAAGCAGAGCGAGUUUGCUGGUGAUGCGAAACUGUCUGGUGGAGAAGAGUUUGUGUGCUUUAGGGAUGGAACGACCAAAUUUAAGAUUACGUAUGAUUUGGAUAGGUAUACGUGUACUGGCGAGUAUUACUGCCCGAGUACGGAUAUUGGAGUGUAA